AUGGGACAAAGACAUAAUCGACGACGCACACGCCCACGAUCUCGAAACCGCUCCGCCAAUAUACGCCCGGUUCCUCUCGAUACCUUCUCAAUCCCAGCCGACCUUUGCGCUGCAUCUUGUCUAUCCGAUCUCGACUGCCUUGGAAAUCGCCCCGCCUCGACCCGGCACUAUAGGGGGUUGUCAUGGCAGGACCGUGAGCACGCGCUGAAACCAGAGGCAGCCAUGCUGGAGACCGAGCAGUAUCGACUCUUUGGAGGCGAGCCCGGCGACGAUGUCGGGCUCUGCUACCGCAUGCUCGAGUACUUUGGCGGACUCGACUAUAUAGAUCCUUUACAGGACUUCAGGCCACUACCUGGGUGA